CAUCACUGUGCUCUAUGGUCCCCAAAGACUACAUCACCGUGCUGUAUGGUCCCCAAAGACUACAUCAGUGUGCUGUAUGGCCCCAAAAGACUACAUCACUGUGCUGUGCGGUCCCCUAAAGACUACAUCAGUGUGCUGUAUGGUCCCCAAAGACUACAUAACUGUGCUGUAUGGUCCCCAAAGACUACAUCACUGUGAUGUAUGGUCCCCAAAGACUACAUCACUGUGAUGUAUGGUCCCCAAAGACUACAUCACUGUGCUGGAUGGCCCCCAAAGACUACAUCACUGUGCUGUGCAGUCCCCAAAAGACUACAUCACUGUGCUGGGCAGUCCCCAAAAGACUACAUCACUGUGCUGUGCGGUCCCCUAAAGACUACAUCAGUGUGCUGUAUGGUCCCCAAAGACUACAUCACUGUGCUGUAUGGUCCCCAAAGACUACAUCACUGUGCUGUAUGGUCCCCAAAGACUACAUCACUGUGCUUGGAUGUCCCCCAAAGACUACAUCACAGUGCUGGGAUGUCCCCAAAAGACUACAUCACUGUGCUGUGCGGUCCCCAAAAGACUACAUCACUGUGUUGUGCGGUCCCCAAAAGACUACAUCACUGCGCUGGGAUGUCCCCGAAAGACUACAUCACUGUGCUGAGAAUUCCCCAAAAGACUACAUCACUGUGUAGGGAUGUCCCCAAAAGACUACAUCACUGUGCUGGGAUGUCCCCAAAAGACUACAUCACUGUGUUGGGAUGUCCCCAAAAGACUACAUCACUGUGUUGGGAUUUUUUUCAAAAGACUUUUUUUCACUACGCUGAAAUGUGCCAAGUAUCCAUCACUUCGCUUGGAUGUCCUCCAGUCAGUGUUUACUCCACUGUGCAGAGAUGUCCCCUUAAGACUACAUCGCGAUGCCAAGAUGUCCCCCAAAGACUACAUUACUGCACUGAGAUGUCCCCCAAAGACUACAUCGCUGCACUGAGGUAUCCCUAAGUUUACAUCACUUGGUUUGGAUGUUCUCCAGUGUUUAUGCCACUGUGCUAAAAACUGACAUUAUUGUGCUGUGAGGUCCCACAAUGCCUUCAUCACUUUGUUUGGAUGACCCGCAAAGUGUAAAUCACUGUACUAGGAUGUCUAAAUAUUUCACACUACUGCGUGCUGGGAUGUCCUGGAAAUUUUACACAACUGUACUCGGGACAUUCAAAAUACUACUUCACUAUGAUUGAAUGAAUGUCCUGUAUAGUGAAUACUGUUCUGGAACAUCAAAAUCAAAACAAGUGUGCUUGGACCGUCCUCAAGAUCUACUUCGCAGAUAAAUUGUGCUAGAGGCAUUACUGCCGAGCAUGACAUAAGCAUUGUUGAUCUACUAUAGGAACAUUCAAAUGAUAUGUUGUAUAGAAGUAAGCAAGAGAAGUUAAAUUAAGAAAAUUCUAAAAUGAGGACAUAUUUGUUUUGGUAUGUUAAUUUGUAUAAAGACAGAAUCCUGAAGGAGCUAUUCUUUGUAUGCAAAAUUUGAACAUGUGAGAAUUUAUUUUAAAAUAAAAUCAUUUUUGUA